AUGGCGGGAACCUUCCUACUGUAUGGGAAGAGUGACAAGCAGUAUUAUGUUCUGCCAAAUGGAGCCAGUGAUAUACGACUGGUAACCAAUCCAACUUUCCGAGAGCGAGAACAUGGUUAUUUGACUGAGUUACUGCAUACUAAUGUGAACAGUAUGCCAUUGAAUAAUACAUCAAUGCCAAUGGCCGUUGAUACUGAGAAAUCACCUGAGAACUCAGCGAUCGGAGUUACAAUGCAACAUGGAUCAUUGAGUGGUCCUGAAGAACAACAAACAGAGGUUGUUAAGGAUGGUGUACGCCCGCAAGGGGAGCCGGGCAUAUUAGCAGUUGACAUGGAAAAUACUCAACGAGAUGCUCCCAAUAGCCAGCCAGAGAUGGAAGAGCCAUCGCUACAAACAUCCACGUGCGAGGUGGAUAGUAGAAGGAAUAAAGAAAGGCUGCACCAAAAAUCCACGACUGAGGUGGAUGAUCGACGUGAAGAACUGCCAUCAGAAGGGGGAAUGGAACAGCAGAGUGUUCCUGAAAGGCAUAUAAAUGAGAAAAUGCGUGAUUUGACCCCACAAGAGAUUGGAGAGGUGCCUGUGGAUGCUGAUGAGAGCAUGCAAAAUGGACCACCUGAACGUCGUUCUAUUCGUACACGACAACCAUCAAGUGCAUUGAUGGAAAGCCGCCAAAGCGAGAAGGCAUAUGGCCGCAAGCGCAAAGCUGAAGGGGAGCAGGAUGACAAUCGUCCAGCUCAGCGCAUGCGGGCCCAGUUGGCGAGACUAGCAGGAAUAUGA